AUGUCCAAGUACGAACGUGAGCUCAAGGCCACGGCCACGGCCAAGGUCCGCAAACCACGUAAAGACCGCCGCAUCCAGGCGCAGAUCAAGCGGACGGAUGAACGCUACCAGGAGGCAGUGGAGCAGGCGGCGCUGACGGAGUUGUUGCUCGCCGAAGAAGCGGGUAUGCUCGAAGCCGAGGGGAUGGAGAAGACCUACCACUUCCAACAGCGGGACAUCGUCAAGGAGGUCGACUACCAGACCGCCACAAAGAAAUUCAACUUCAAAUUGACCGAGUUUGGCCCCUACUCGGUGGACUUUCUGAGAAACGGGCGCCACAUGUUGAUCGGGGGCCGCAAGGGGCACGUGGCGCUGAUGGACUGGCGGUUGGGCAAGCUUGGAUGUGAGUUACACUUGGGGGAAACCGUUAAUGCCAUCCACUAUCUCCAUAACAACCAGUACUUCGCUGCCGCCCAGAAGAAGUAUACCUUCAUCUACGACCAUCGAGGCACGGAAAUCCACCGGUUAAAGCACUUUACCGAGAUGACGCUCUUGGACUUCUUACCCUACCACUUCCUUUUGGUUGGUGCCGGCCACAGUGGGUGGCUUAAAUACUGCGAUACCCUGACGGGGGAGCUUGUCAGUGCUCAUCGCACCAAAUUGGGGCCGACCCAGCUGAUGAAACAGAACCCCUGGAACGCAGUGAUGCACUUGGGCCACGCUAAUGGGUCGGUGCUGUUGUGGCUGCCGUCGAUGCUGACCCCGUUAGCCAAGAUUCAGUGCUCCCGAGGCCCCGUAAGAGAUUUGGCGAUUGACCGUGAGGGGAAAUAUAUGGUGGUGGCCGGGGCCGAUAAGCUGAUUCGGGUGUGGGACUUGCGCAAAUACCAAGAAUUAAACUACUACCAUACUCCGACACCGGCACAGCUGGUGGAUAUCUCUGACAGAGGGUUAGUGCUGGUGGCCUGGAACACUCACGUGACGGUGUGGAAGGACUUAUUUCUGACGGAAAAGCAAUGGGAACCUUAUAUGAAACACUUGGUACCCGGCAGCCGCGUGGAAAACACCCAGUUUGUCCCGUUUGAAGAUAUCUUGGGGGUGGGCCACGCUAAAGGGGUAGAACUGAUCAUCGUCCCUGGCGCCGGGGAAGCCAACUACGAUGCUCUUGAAAUCAACCCUUACGAGUCGGCUAAGCAGAGACAAGAACUGGAGGUGCGGGCGUUGCUUAAUAAGUUGCCGGCAGACCUGAUUGCCCUCGAUCCUACCACUAUCGGUACCGUCGACCCGCGUGCCGAGCACGUGUCGAUGCCGGCAGUGACGGAACCGAUUUCCGACAAGGUCGAGUUACGCCCCGACGUCCCGGAAAAGAACUCUAAGUUCCGCAAACAGAUUCGUAAUAAGCGCAAGAACGUUAUCGACGAACGCAAAUUGUGGGCCGAACGCAAUAUGAAGCGGGAGAACGAGUUGAGACGGAAACGGGAGUUGGAGGCCCAGGGUACCCCCGAAGAAGAGGACGUGUUGGCGCUGGCGUUGCUGAGAUUCGAUUAG